AAACGGAACAGGUCGGCGACGCGCCGUGCCAGUUCAAGCCCCCAAACCUCACGAGGCCACCAGGCGAGAGAGGGAGGCUGCUCACGAGGAGCAGCAGCAGAAUCAGAACCAGCAGCGCCGCAGCCCCCGCAGCAAACGGCCCAAUCGCCGGCGCGAGGGGGUGGAGCUUCCCGUCCCGAGGUUCGUCGGCGCGGCCGUUUUCUCCCCGGUGUCCGGCGCCUCGAUCUCGUCUCCUAGCCGCCGCCGCCGCUCUCCACCGGCCGAUCCCGCGAGCCCAGGCCGCAGAUCGUUCCAUUCCGCGAGGAGAGGCGAAAGUGAGCGCGCGCGGCCUCUGGACCAACCGGGGAAAGGCAAAGGGGGAGGGUAGGUUCCGGCUUUAGGAGUGAGCUCCCGGGUCAUGGAUUUCUUCAAGCUCAAGAAGUUUGGCAAGGCCCGGAAGGGCUCCAGGCGUGAGGGAGAGGCCUUGGAGUGCGAAGAGGAGGCCAACCCCGGGAAUGUGGGUUUGGAGGGUGACGUCUUCGAGGAGAACCCUGAGGCGGCCGCAGGGGCCGGUGUGGCCAACGUGGGGGAGGAGGUUGGGGAGGAAGAGGAGGACGAGGACGACGAUUUCAUCACCAACGAGGUGAAGCGGAGGCUCAAGGACAUGAGGAAGAACACCUUCAUGGUGCUCAUCCCGGAGGAUGAGAAUGCUGAGGUGGAGGAGGAUGGGGACGAGGAGGAGGAGGAGGAAGGGAGUAGCUCCAGGGAGUGGAUGGAGUCCGACGUCGGUGAAGGGUUCCCGCUAUGUGGCUUCGACUCGCUCUAUGAUAAGUACUCUCAGAGAAUGGUGGCGUUUGAUAACAUGAUUACACAGAUCUUUAAGGAUCCAGGGUCAUUCAACAUCUCAAAAAAGUCGCCUAGAUCAGCAUCAAAAUUGGCAUCAACCUUGCGCAGUCUAUCAUUCAAAAGGAGGGAUGAGCUUCAGGAGGACUGUGAGAAUCUUCAUCAGCAGCAGCAGAGCGAGGAUGACCCUUACCAAAUACUUGAGACUGCUUAUGUCGCACAAGUUUCUUUAAGCUGGGAGGCUAUUCAUUGUACUUACAUGCACCUGAGUCUGAUACUGGCAGCACAGCCAGAGAAUCCCACCACCUAUAGCUGUGCUGCUCAAGCAUUUCAGCAGUUCCAGGUUCUGUUGCAGAGAUUUGUUGAGAAUGAACCAUUUGAGCAAGGUUCACGUUUUGAGAUAUAUGCACGUUCACGGAGCUCCUUGUCGAAAUUGCUUCAGGUUCCCACUUUUCAAGUUGCAGACGGGAAAGAUAAUGCUGAAGACCAAAUGGAACCAUCAAUCUUGGCACCUGACCUCAUGAAAUUAUUAGAGGAGUGUAUCUUAACUUUCCGUGUUUUCCUGAAGAAGGACAAGAAAAAGAGCAGUGUCCUCAUGGGUGUUCAUGGCCAUACUGGAAGUUCGAUUCAGCAAGUUCAAUCCUCUCUGGAUAAGAAGGAGAUGAAGGUGAAAGAGCUGUUCAAGAAGAAGAAGGGAUGGAAGAGCAAGACCUGGCCGACCACAAUGGAGGAAGUGCAGCUGCUGUUUGCCCUGACGGACAUCAAAGUGGUGUCGAGGGUCCUGAGGAUGGCAAAGCUGAGCAAGGAGCAGCUGCUGUGGUGCGAGGAGAAGAUGAGCAAGCUGGACCUCUCCGACAACAAGCUGCGGCGGGAUGGAUGCCCUAUCCUCUUCCCCUGCUGACGCAUUUCCUUCCGCAGACAUAUGCCAGUUAGUGUUGGUUCGUUUGGCCCCUUCGCGGAGCAGGAAGCGAGCAUGGCUGCUUCCUGAGCUGAUGAUAUAUGUACAUCUUAGGCUGGAAUGUUUAUACUAAAGUCAAGCGUAGUACUCCAGUUGUGUCGCUCUGCAUUAGUUUGGGGUUGUUUAUGCAGCAUGGCGACAGCCUAUGGAAACCAGCUGGUAAAUUCAGAAAUAAACGUCUGGUAAAUUCUGGUCA